CGACGAUGUGAGUUUAACCCUUUCCAUACUAUACUAACGAUAUACUUCCAUACAAUUCUUUGUUUAUUAAUUAUUAUUGUUUUCAAUAGUCCGGUGUUUGCGAGUGUAACACACAGAGAUGAUAUUCAUUGCCUUCUUAUCAUGUCAACGUUGUCACCAGAAGAAGUUAGUUUUUACGAUAGCUGUCAUGAAACCGAAGUCCAAGAAACUGCAGCAUUGAAAACAGCCCGAAAACGGAAAUUGAAACCUUCAAAGGCAGCAAAUCAAUCUAAAAGUCUUAAACAGGAUUUGAAGCAAAAGUGCAUUGCCGCAGAAUCGACGUUAAGCAAUAGUUCAUCGUUAUUUCAAUUUGAAAGUUGCAGAGAUAAACAAAGUUUUCCUUCUUCUCUUGGUAUUCCUCGAAAUAAUGAUCGGCCUGCUAAUGCGAAAUCAGUCUCCUAUAGAAGUAUGCUGAAACCUGUAUCUAUGGAGGUAGAAAUAUCGCAGAUUACACACAAUCAAACAGAUUCCAGCGUAACAGUACGUGAAACAGAUGUACCCAAGUUCGUGGGAUCUUCAACCUCUGACGACGAGGAUUGCAUUCCAGAAUCUCCAAAGCGACAAGAAAGGGCAGAUCUGCGCACUAUAUUUUCCCGAUGUUUUCAUUCAACUUAUGUACCAGUGGAACCUUCAGCGAGCAGCCAAAUAUAUGCUACUGCUUCGGAUACGGAAGAUUGAAAAACAAACAUUUUUAAAUUAAUUUCUUUAUGAAGUUUUAUUCUUCUAUAUAAAAUUAAAGGUUAAUAGUUGGUAAAAAGUUCGUGGUGAAAACAUUACUGUUUUUUUCAUGCAGCUGCUUUAUAUUCACUUUUGAAUUUUUUAACGAACAUAAAACUGAUUGCAUAGUAACCUGAAAUAAAAGAAGAAAUAUAUAUGUAAAUAGAAAUAACCACUGGUGUUAACAAGUUUUAAACGUUAAGGCUACUCAUCUAAAUGAGUAAAAACCGUAUAAACUUCAUAAACCCUAUAAAAAGUCUGUACAUUAAUAAAAGGUUUCGAAAUUGUG